ACGAAGGAGAGGCAGUUAUACUCUUAGAGAUGCAGUCAUUGUGACCUGAGUUUUAACCAUCACCAAACCAGAAGUGAUAGGAAAUAAAGGUACUACGCGUUUAAGAGUGUCACCGUGCAUAGUUUUGUUCUGCAAGUGGUGUUCUUGCUGGAUCUUUGGUCAGCUUCCUUUGAGAGGAAGUGAGGACCGCCAAAUCUAGUGUCUUUCACGGUUCCUUAUUUUAUCUUAAGAAUUGUUCUCUUGGUGGUAUUUUUAAAAGUAUCUUAAUUACUCAAAAUCUGGACUGUUGUUCCUGUGUUUCUAAAGAUUCUUAGAGCAUUCAUAUAAUUUAUUCUGGACGGUAACGAUAAUUGUGUUUUUUAUUCUUGGUUUGAAAAUGGUCGUUUCAAAUCCGGAGAAAAGCAGAAAUUUGUAUGUUCCUCGGCCUUCUCCUCCACCUUCGUACGAAGAGGUCGAGGUUGAAUUGCUCGCAGAGGUCCCGCCUGUAAAUUCAACAAGUUUAGGGACGACACCAGUGCAUCACUUUGAAGUGGAAGAACCCCCUUCACCCUCACGUUUGGCUCGCUAUCCACGUCUUCAGAAGAAGUUGGAAGAUUUGCAUGAAGGUUGGGCUUCGGUUCGACAUUCUUUUAACACCCGUUGCCUUCCUCUCCUUCGGCGCAUUCCUUUUCAUUUGCUGUAUCUUUUCCUUGUCGCAAUUGUUCUUUUCAUUACCAGUUACUAUGGAUUCUCCGAUGAGACAGGAGUUCAAAUUAUUCAACAUUAUGAUGAGGAAUACCUUGUUUCGUACCUUCUUCGUACUACUAAUUGGCGUAUUGGCGAAUAUCUUCCUUACUUUGCCAAUAAAUAUCGCAAAAUGGGGACAAUUGGAGAUAACAAACUGGCGGAAAUGAUGUUAUAUAGACUUCGCUACCUUGCACUUGACAACUUGGAUUUGAAUACGUUCUAUACUUAUGCACAUUUCACAAAACCUCCUACACUAGAAGUGGUUGAUGAUAGUUCUUUCCAUGCCCUGGUUUCUGAGAUUCCUAUUCAAAACUCACAACAGGAAUAUGAUGCUGUUAUUUCUUAUACAUAUUCUGCCGAUGGUAAUGUUACGGCUCCCCUUGUCUAUGUAAAUACUGGUACAGAUGAAGAUUAUUCCACACUCGAUGACCUAAAUAUUCAGUAUAAGGGUGCUAUUGUAAUUUUACGUGCAACUCGCGAUAAGGUGCGCCAAGCUGUAUGGACGGCAGAACGCCAUGGUGCUGUUGGAUGUCUUGUGUACGACGAGACACUUUCUGCAGGCUUCGCAAGUAAUGCUUGGUAUCCUACUGGUCCCUUUGCGAAGCCUGACACGAUUUUCCGUACUAGUUUAGCACGGUCGUAUUAUUACAUGGGUGAUCCCUUGACACCUGGUUUUGCCUCAACGUAUAGAGGAAAACGUUUAGACCGGUCCACCGAAUUGGUGACAAGUAAGAUUCCUGCGCUUCCUUUGUCUCAACAAAAUGCACAGGAAUUGAUGCUUCGAUUGGUGGGUCGAGGACAUCAUAUACAAACAGAUGCCUGGAAGAUGUCUCUUCCUGGUGUUCAAAAUUGUUGGACCGGCCUUGGUUCGAACAGUGAGGGUGAACCUCUAAAUGUUCACAUCCAAACGAAUAUGAAUUACGAAGUUGAUGCGCAAUCUAUCAAUGUUCUUGCCGAAAUUGAGGGUAUGGAUAGAAAUGAGUUUAUUGUCGUUGGUGCUCCUCGCGAUUCGUAUGAUUAUGAUGUUCUAGGAACGGGAUUGGCAUCGGCAAGUUUGAUGAACCUUAUCGAAGUUUUUACUGAAAUGCGUUCUGCUUUGUCGUGGCGUCCUCGUCGGACGAUUGUUUUCGCAAGUUGGGAUGGACGAAUGUAUAAUGCUCUUGGAAGCACUGAAUGGUUGGAACAAUUUGAAGAGGAGCUUCAAGGAAAGAUUGUCGCAUACGUAAAUGUUGAUGUUGCCUUCAAGGGAAGUCGAUUUACAGCUCGAACUGUUCCAGGGUUACAAAAGAUAGUAAAACGUUCGUUUUCAAUUGCACGGCGUAAUUUCCCAUCCCAAGACGGCUACUUUAUGACCGAUGAUUUUGACAUUGGACCCGAUUACACUAGCUUCUUGAGCCAUUCAGGAAUUCCUGUUAUAAAUAUUGGGUUUGAGCGAGACUCAAAAACAGAACCGGAUCCAUUGCUUGGUUCUAUCCUUGAUUCAAAGGAGUGGUUAACCACAUAUGAAAGUGGAUAUGAACAAUAUGUCAACAUGCUUACUGAGGUGUGGGCACUCAUUUUACUUUCUCUUUCAAACGAUCCCAUCGUUCCUUUCUCAUUAGCAGAUGAAGUUGAUGGUUAUGCAUCUUUUAUAAACCGUUUAUCAGCAACCCCGGCUAGUCAAAAUAUUGAUUUCAGCUCUAUUUCAGAGGAACUACAAGCCUUGAAGCUACUUGCCAAUAACUACACUUUUUUUCUAGAAAAAUGGGUCAAGGAAGAAGGGCAUUCAAUGUACUUAUCUACAAAUCGUGUUUACCCGGAGCUCAAAAAUGUCAAUCAGUUGUUGAUGAGCUUUGAACGGGCCUUCACGGAUCCCGUUGGUUUGCCAGGACACGAAUGGUACAAACAUGUUAUAUAUGGACCAAAUAUACGUGAUCAGAAGCCUUUUGUGCUUCCGUCUGUAUAUGAGCAGCUAUGGAUUGGAAAUUAUACGGGGGCACAGCAAGAAUUAGAUCGUGUUUCUCGUGCUAUCCAGCGUGCAACGGAAUUGUUUCAGUUUUCCUAGUUUUUUGAGAACUAUCUCCUGUUCCCAUCCUUUAUCAUUCAACCAUCUAUUUUGAAAAAAGCUUCAUGACCUUUCAACUGUUUUGUUUAUCUCUUAUUACUCGUUUCGUUACUCAGUCCGUUCUUGUACAGAAAAGAAUCCCAAUUGACUCCAAUUUAAUUCUGCCUAUUUUCGUCACCAACACUCACCUUUCUUUUUUAACCUCCUUUAUUUCUCGAUAAUUACAUUUCUUUUGUCUCUCGGACAAACAUCACACAAUAAUUUUAUAUGACUGUGAAGUUUGUUUUUAUAUAGUGUUAUGCAAGCAAAACAUGAAAUAAGAUACAAUAUUUUGUUCGUA